GCGUUGGAUUAGACACGUAAUGUGCAGAGUGCGGAAACAGAUGGCAGUUUCGAAUACCUGUUUAACCUUGGAACAUAUCGAGCCAUAAUGUCUGCCCCAAUCGUUCUCUUAUCUCUAAUCUCUGCUGCUCUUUCAAGCAACGUCUUGGAUCUUACAGCAAGUACCUUCGAUGAGGUUGUGAACGGUGACAAGAACGUAUUCGUUGAGUUCUACGCUCCAUGGUGCGGACAUUGUAAAGCUCUUGCUCCUGAAUAUGAAAUAGUCGCUGAUGCUUACGCCAAAGAAUCAAAUGUUGCUAUUGCCAAGGUUGACUGUACUAUAGAGAAGGACAUCGCAUCAAGGUUUGGAGUAACGGGUUAUCCUACCCUUAAGUUCUUCAAGAAAGGAAAGACUGAACCAGAAGCUUACAGCAGCGGCAGAACUGCCGAUGAUAUUGUUUCAUUUAUUAACCGUGAGAGCGGAUCCAGAGGGUUCAUCAAGAAGGCCGCUAGCACAGUUGUACAACUCGACAGCUCUAACUUUGAUUCUAUUGCUCUGAAUGCUAACAAUGACGUUCUGGUUGAAUUCUAUGCUCCAUGGUGCGGACACUGUAAAAAGUUAACUCCAAUCUACGAGGAAGUUGGUAAGACGUUCAAGUCAGAUAAGAACUGUGUUGUUGCUAAGGUAGAUGCUGACAGCGAGAAGGAACUUGGCUCAAGGUUCGGUGUUUCUGGUUUCCCUACUAUAAAAUUCUUCUCUAAAGACAACAAAGAAGGCGAAGCCUACAACGGUGGCCGAGGAGAAGAAGAUUUCACCAAAUACCUGAACGAGAAAUGUGGACUGAAGAGAGUAUCAGGAGGAGGACUUGCUGGAGAUGCUGGCCGUAUUGAAGCGCUGGACGUACUCGCUGCCAAGUUUAUGGGUGCUGAAGAAAAGGCCGCUGUUAUGGAAGAGACGGUUGUUGCUAGUGCUGACAUGGAAAAGGAAGCACAGUACUACCACAAGGUCAUGAAGAAGGUUAUCGAGAAGGGUGAUGACUUUAUUAAUACUGAAACUUCAAGAUUAUCCAGAAUGCUCGAGGGAAGCAUGAGUGAUGAGAAGAAAGAUCAGUUCACUGUCCGUCUGAAUGUUCUUGGGGCCUUCGCCUCUUCCGCAGAUGACCACACAGAGCUGUAGAACUAUUGACGCCUCGUCCACAUUUUCAUAAAUUUUCAUCUAAAGCAUCUCCUCUGUCAGCAUUUUCUUUGCGCGGCGCAUUGUACGUACGAUACGACUGAACUGUGCACUUGUACAAUGUACUCAGUACAUCGAUUGUAUUUGUUAUUGCAAAAUUCAAUAGCGGAAUUUAACGUAUUUGCAUGCUACUCACCAGUCGUAACCGGUUUAUAUUGUCCUUAAUCUUUAUGAUCUUCGUUAAAGAAGUGCUCCCAGUUUGAUUAAAUUUAAUGUUUCAACAGCGUACCCCAAUAAUUAUAGUAUUGUUAUUGUAGUUAUUUAUUUUUAUGUAUUUGGUGUUUAAACUGACGUUUUCUGAUUUGUUCAAAACUUGUUA